AUGUUCAAGAUACAAUUGCAGUGCUAUCGCCAGGGCCUACGCUUGGUCAGUUCAAAAGGAGCACAGGGCUCCAUACUCAGCUCAGUAGUGAAAUCUAGAUUACCGAUUAAUCUCCAUCAACAAAGCAUAUCUAUAAGGUCUUUUUCCCAAUUUCAACCUUUAUUACAACAGCAACAACAAAAUAACCAACCAAAACCAAAAUUGAGUAAAGAAUUAGGAACAAAAUUCAAACAAAAUGUCGAAAAAUCCAAAGAAAUUAAAGAAAAAUUGACAAAACCAAUUAAAGAUCUAAUACCUGAACAUGAAAAUAUUUACACCAUACCCAACAUUUUAACAUUCACAAGAUUAAUCUCAGCUCCAAUAAUAGGUUGGUUGAUCGUUAAGCAACAAAUCAUUUACGCACUAGGAUUAUUUGCAUACUCAUGUAUAACAGAUUUCAUAGACGGUUUUAUUGCAAGAAAAUUCAAAAUGCAUUCUGUUGUGGGUUCAAUUAUAGAUCCAAUGGCUGAUAAAUUCUUAAUGGUGAUUUGUACUGCAUGUCUUGCUCAAGCUUCACAAAUUCCUUUAUAUUUAGCAGUGGUAAUCUUGGGGAGGGAUGCACUUUUAGCCAUUUCUGCAUUUUAUUAUAGAUAUAUUUCAUUACCAGCUCCAAAGACAAUUAUAAGAUAUUUUGAUUUUAGUAUCCCAUCUGCAGAAGUUCAUCCAACUACAAUUUCUAAAUAUAAUACUGGAUUCCAAAUGUUAUAUAUUGGUGCAGCAGUUGUUAAACCUGUUUUAUUGACUGUUAUUGAACCAACUUCUAUUGAUUUAUUAGAACAAUGUUUCACAGGAUUUGGUUAUUUUGUUUGUUCAACUACAAUUUUGAGUGGAUUAUCUUAUGUGUUUUCUAAUAAUGCAGUCAAAAUUUUGAACCAAACAAAGAAAUAA